AUGGCCAAUGUGGUUCCUAGAUUACAGAACCAUAAGUUUGCAUGUGGUGCUGCAUGGGUGUUCUUCAGCUUAGUCCCUGGCCUUCUUGUGUGGACUCAGUUGGGGGUUUACCCACCGGGGAAGGCCUAGCAAAAUUCGAAAUAUGUAAAUUAUGAAUUUCAGAAAGCAAACUUUCGAACUUUUAGUGCAUGUAUUUCCUUUUAUGAGUCAAAAUAUUUUCAUUCUUCAUCCCAAAGCCAUAAAUUAUCCAAAAAACAGCGAUUAUAUUGUGUAAACCAGACGGGCAAAAAUGGUUUAAAUCAGGGCAAAUUUGCAAAUUGUGCUAGGCCUCCCCCCCAUUGUUAAUAGCCUGAGAACAGGUGUGAGGCCUUGCCUUCAAAGUAUUGCAGAAGUGAAAGAAGGCCUUGGACUAGUUGGGUGUUCUUGUUUAAAUUCCAGGCAUCAUUGGGGCAUGCACCCUACUUUAGUAUUUACUCUGUCUAACGCCAGACGAUUUGACUCGUCAGUGGUAGAGCACUGGUGGUCAAUGGUUUAACAAGCCUAUCUGCCCACAUCUUGUUAACUCAUUAACGCCCAAUGCGCCCUGAGAUUGACAAGUGGGUAACAGACAAUGGGCCCGAAUGCGCCCUGGCAUGACACCUUAACUUGCGGGCAUGAUAUUUGAGCACGUGUUUAUCGGGUUGCCUAGCAACGGAUACGAAAAUAGAACGUGAAAUUCGAGCUUUUCAACGGUGUAUCAUGCAAGAAGAUCGGUCAGAAACUCGCAAAGUUUUUCAAGUUUAAAAUCUUAGUUUUCCAAAAAUAAUGAAUAAUGGCGACUCUGUUACAAAGAAAGAUUUUACAGCAAGUUUUAAAAGCAAGAAAAGAAGAGGUUUCUGAAUCAACUACAACGAAAAUUUGGCAUGAAAGGAAAGCGAAUGUAUUGACGUUUUGGGGCCAAGUUUUUCUGUGAACCAUGCGCGAGAUUUUCAGCCAAAAAGAUGAGGAUUUCUCCAAACUUUAUUAAAAAUAGAAGUCGGAAAUCACAAGAAAGAUGAACACGGAACACAAGUGAGCAGAUACGAUUUUUAAAAGGGUAUUUUUGAGUAGAAAUAUGCGAUCAAACACUCACAAAAUUCGACUGCAUUAAUGUUGGUUGAAUCUAGUUUAAAGUUAUCUUUUUAGACAAACUGUUUAUGCAAAUUUGGGCACAAUUUCGACUGUUUUCGUAACCCCAUUGUUGGUCUUCUUGUUCAAGUUGUUAUUUUAGCUAAAGUAUGUUUCAAACGACACCAGAUUAAAUUACUGUGUGCGUACGUGCCCUAUUUGGCAAGAAUACUUCAAGUAUUAAAUUACACUAAGUAAGUAGGGUACUCCAAAAUCACUGUUAUAUCUAUUUUCAUCAAUUUAGUCUUAAAAUGACAACUCAUUUCAGACAUAGUGUGGUUUGAAAUAAGUGUAUUGAAUUAAUGCGCUUGCUUGCCGCGUGCAAAUUCUCAAAAAGUCCGCAUUUGAGUUCUAAAGCUUUUAAAAUGCUUUUUGUAUUGGGUUUUAUAUCCCCAUAAAACUUUAAAUCGAUAAGGCAGAUAGUAAUGUUGAUCCAACCUCAUUUUCUAGUAACUACAUGUUGAAUCAGAAGGAAAAGUUAUCAAAAUUUGGUCACAACGGUUGUUUGCCGUUGUUGUCGCUUCUCUCUGAAAUGGCUUCCUUUGCGGGAAGCCAUGAAACUGAAGUCCCAACAAAAACAUAAUUUAGCCGUCCUUUCGGGCCCAUUGCUCACUUAUUUAUCAUGAAAUCGUUUCACUAGAACAUUUUUAAUGUCUAUGGGAAACUUUGUAAUUUUCUGAACUAAAAGUUUAUGGUUUUGAGGUGUUUAUUUUAUAAAAUAGCACACGCGACAAAAUGGCACUAAUGUGGUUUCUCAUGUCUGACAAACAACCAAAGAUGAAAAUCCUUAUUUCACCCUUUUAUAGCUAUGUUGAAUACCUGACUAUUGAGUCAGCUCGCAGUGCUCAGAAGAAGCAUUCUCAUUGGCUUAGAGGGUUUUAAUGAGUUUUGCAUGCAUUUUGAUCACAGUAUAGGGAUCACAGUAUAGGGAUCUUAUAUUUUGAUAUGCUAUGAACCGAUAGAGUUGUAGCAGUGGUAACAAUGGUAGCAAUAGUAGCAAUGGUAGCAAUGGUAGCAGUGGUAGCAGUGGUAGCAGUAGUAGCAGUGGUAGCAGUGGUAGCAGUGGUAGCAGUGGUAGCAGUGGUAGCAGUGGUAGCAGUGGUAGCAGUGGUAGCAAUGGUAGCAAUGGUAGCAGUAGUAGCAGUGGUAGCAGUGGUAGCAGUGGUAGCAGUGGUAGCAGUAGUAGCAGUGGUAGCAGUGGUAGCAGUGGUAGCAGUGGUAGCAGUAGUAGCAGUGGUAGCAGUGGUAGCAAUGGUAGCAAUGGUAGCAGUGGUAGCAAUGGUAGCAGUUGCACUGUAACACUUAACCGUUAA